AAAAGGGCCCCAAAAAAGCAACAACAAAAAUAUCUCACCUUCUUCACUCACCGAACCUUCUAGACACAAGGCAUUCCACUAUGUCCACGUCAGCCAUUGACGUCGCCGGCGAAGCCACCGGUUCCGACGACGGCGUUCUAGAAACUCCGUUUCUCGACGCGGAACGCUCCAAUCUCCUUCAGCUGAUAGCCGAGGAAGGCGGCUACGCGUACGUUAGCAUGGCGACACUCGCAGCCGCCGGAGAUAUUCGAGCGGCGGAGGCGGCGAAGGAGAUGGCAUGGGAACAGUUACACUCAGGUCCAUGGCAUUCGGUUGUGCCUAUAUGGAGAGAUGCGUAUUCCAUGGCGUGUGUUCACUUGGCGAAACUUCAUUAUGCUUCCGGUGAGAUUACUCAGGCGAUUAGAGCACUUGAUAUGGGCCUUAUUAUGGGAGGAAUGACGCUUAGAGAUGAGCUGAACCUCGCAAUCAAAAAGGCGUCGAAGAAAGCGCGGAGUGUGCUGUUUGCUUCCUCGGAAAAUGGAGGCGAAAAAGGUGAAUCCGAGAUUAAAUUUGUUUCUCAAGAAAUUAACGUGGCGGAGGUGCAGCAGUUUUUACCUAUUAAGUCACUGUCUUGUAAGAUAGUAGGGAAAAGGUCAGCCUUAUCGUUGGAGGUAUUCCUGAGAGAUCAUUAUUUGUCAGGAAUCCCGGUGGUAAUCAGAGAUUCCAUGGAUCACUGGCCUGCCAAGAAUAAGUGGAACGACAUGAAUUACCUUAGAAGGGUUGCUGGCUUCCGUACAGUUCCUGUUGAGGUCGGAAAGAACUAUUUGUGCCCAGAAUGGAAGCAAGAGCUGAUCACAUUCUCUGAAUUUCUUGAGAGAAUCUGGUCCAAUGAUGCUACCUCUGUGGAAACUACUUACUUGGCUCAGCAUCAAUUAUUUGAUCAGAUACAAGAACUACGACAAGAUAUUGUUAUUCCUGAUUAUUGUUUUACUGGAGGUGGGGAGAUCAGGUCGCUUAAUGCUUGGUUUGGUCCAGCGGGGACUGUGACGCCUUUGCAUCAUGAUCCUCACCAUAAUAUACUUGCUCAGGUUGUUGGCAAAAAGUAUGUACGGCUUUACCCAGCAUCACUUUCGGAUGAGCUUCACCCACAUAGUGAAACCAUGCUUAGCAAUUCCAGCCAGGUUGAUCUAGACAACAUUGAUGAGAAAGAGUUCCCGAAGAUAUUAGACCUGGAGUUUCAGGACUGCAUUUUAGAGGAAGGUGAGAUGCUUUACAUCCCCCCUAAAUGGUGGCACUACGUCCGCUCUCUCACGACAAGCUUUUCAGUUAGCUUUUGGUGGAGUGGCGCUGAAAAUUAGAUGGCUGAUCGGUUUUAGUAGUUCCUAUGGCCUAUUCUUCUCGUGUAUACAAAGAACUAGUUGAACUGUUGAACUGUUCAACCAUCAUUCUUCUGCAGAUUGUAAUGUGGACUUCACCAUAUCGAGAGUAUUACGCGUGCCCUUUACUCUAAUGUAUUAACUGCAGGAACUUAUAUUAGAAGAAAAACUUCUUACUUAUGAUUUGUAUGUUCUUGACUCAAAUAGAAUCAGUGUGGUUGUUUCAUCUA